AUGGAACCGUUGAUGCCAUCCGAAGUCGCUCGUUUAGUAUACGGUUAUCUAAAGAACGAAAAAAAUGAAGAUACGGCAGAAUGUUUUUUAAAAUCCUCUCCUUGUUUAACUGAAUGUUAUCAAAUGUGUAAGACUAACAGAAACUUUAAUAUAAAAGUGAAUGGAUUCAAUUUACACGACAUCUUUGAUGUUUUUGGAACUAUGUGUAGCAUGAUUCAAGAACGAAUACCUGAAGCAUUUGAAUCGAAAACAUUAAUUGAGAAAUUACAGUAUUUACUAGAUUCAGACCAUACACCAACCAAAGAAGAUAAAUCUGUUGAGACCAAAUUAAACAUGGUUGACAAAUGUGUUGGUAAUACAGUUCAUACAAAAGAUCAGGGUACACAUAUUUCUAUUAAUAUAGAAGCAAAUGAAAGUACAUCUGAAGAAUUAUUAUUCACUGAGAUAAAUUCUAUUAAUGUUUCCAAAACAAAAGAAAUUGACACAUUUAAUAAGGAGACCACUAUAACUGAUGAGAAAAACGUUGGUACAUUUUCUUCACCCUGUCUAUCUUCAAUGACACAACUAAUAAAUAAUAAUGCAAGAACCACAUAUUCCAAAAUUGAUGACAAAGAAUCUCCAAUGUUUCAAAUUAAUAAGCAAAUGUGUAGCACUCCAGGAAAGAAAAAAGAUGAAACAAAAAUAAAUAUUGAGCCAAUGCUACAAUGUAGUCCAAAAAAUAUUCAUGAUUUAAUUUCUGUGGAUCGGGCUGAACAUCAGCAAAUACCUGAAGCUACAUCACUUGACUCUUUGCCAGGAUUCUCUAAAGAGGAUAAGAUAAAAGAUGGUUCAGUUAUUAUUGAUACUGGUGAAUUAGUCGAUACAUUUUUGAAUGACCAAAGUUUGUUAGAAAAAAUUGCUGAUACUAUCAAUAAAUGUUUCGAAGCUCAAAAAGAAUUAGAAAGAGUAUUAGAUCCUCCUACACUUGAAAAAGCAUUAGACUCUGCUCAGUCUGAUCCACAAAUCAAAAAUAUACUGGAUGAGUUUUUAGUUUUUAAUGUUGACAAUAAUGAAAUUGGUAAAAAAACGUGUACUAAUGAUCAGCUAGACUCAAUCAAAUCCCGUUUACGUAGUGCCAAGAAAAAAGAUGAUGUAUCAAACAAAUUAAAAAAGAAUAAUUUUAAUAUGCCAAAACAUAUUGUUUAUGACAAUGAAGAAUGUAUGAAAGUUGACAAUAAAAUUGUAUUGAUACAUGAAGGUAAUAUCAGAACAACAACUUUUGAUAGUUACGAUUUGUUAUCAAAUCAAAUAGUUCUACAAUCGAGUGACUUAUAUAACUUCAAUUCAACUAAAAUAGAAGCAGGAGAAGAAGAUUACCUAUCCAAAGCAAACUAUGUUAAAAUUGCCCCAAAAAUAACUCCUAUGUUAAAGAUUCACCAAGUUCCUGAAAAACAUAUAUUUCCAAAACGAAGAAAACAUCCAUUAGAAGUUCCUGGCAUAAAGAGCAAAUUUAGGAUAACAAAUAUAAUUUCUAGACAACCACCUGUUCAGAUUCCUAAAUCAAUUAUUAUUGAAGUUCCUAAUCAAAUUUCAUUUGAAUCUCAAGAAAAAAAUCAUGUUGAGAUUAAUAAUAUCAAAUUACCUGAAGUUUUAUCUGAAAUUAAUGAUACGAUUGUUCACAACACACCAGAUGAUAAACUUGAACCUCCAAAAGAUAAAAGUAUGAGUACACCUCGUAGAAGAAGCACUCAGAAGUGCUUAGAGUUUAGUACUCCGCAGGCUAAGAAUAUGACUCAAAAUCAGGCCCGUUCAUUACUUAUCUAUGGUACACCAAAAAGAAUUGAAAAAUGUUUGGAAGAACCAUCGUCUAGUCCUUUACCAAUACUGCAAGCUGAUUGGGGUUCAGUUAAUGGAUUUGAAUCAAUUAUUAAGAAAGAGAGUAUUAAACACUGGGAUACAGACAUUAGAGAAAUGGUGGGGGCUGGAAUAUUAACAUCAGAUGCGGAUGGAAGAAAAACAAGAAAAAAAAAAUUGCCAAGAAAAAAAAUUAAGCCGGUCAUUAAUCAAAAUAAUCCUAUAGUUUUGCCUGAAGAACAAAAGAAAUCAAGUAACCAUUCAAUCACAACAAAUGAACUAUAUACUGAUGUAUCAAAUAUUUCUGAAAACACAAGUGCCGGUUUAAUUGAACAAGAUUCUAAUAAACCAACACUAAAUAGCCAACAGCCAUUAAAGGAGCAGACAGAAUUUCCUAUUUCAUUGGAAACUUUUAAUAAUGUUACAGAAUUACAUGAUAAACAAUCACCAAUUAAAUCUGAUUCUCUGAAUGCAUUGAAAAAUGUGAGUAAAUUUCCUAUAUCAUUAGAAACCUCAGAUAAAAUAACUAAAUUGAAUAAUAAACAAGCACCAACUAUAUCUGGAACAUCAAUAAAUGUGAAUAAUAAAAAUUUGUCAAAAAAACAAGAAGAUUUUUUGAUUUUGUUGGAAACUCCAGAUAAAACUACAGAAUCGUAUACUGAAGACCAGUCAGUUAAAUCUGAUUCUUUAAAAAACGACAAUAAUGAAAAUCUAUUGAAAACAGAGAAUGAAUUUAUAAAUUCCUUAGAAACUUCAAAUAAAAUAUCUGAGUUUAAUAAUAAACAACUUCCCAUAAUAUCUGAUUCUUCAAAAAGUCAGAGUUUAACUCAAAUUAACCUGGAACAGUCUAAUGCUAAUAUUAACAAACAGAACGAUAAUCAAAAUCAGUUAAUUGAGUCUUCCUAUUUGAAUACUGUUCCGAAAAAAACAAAUCACGAAAAUUCUAACAUUUUAGAAUCAUUUAAUAAUUAUAACUAUACAUUAACAGUAAAUAAUUCAAAUGAAUCAGCUAAAAAUGUGAAAGAACAAGGUUUAUUAGAUCAAACUGAUACAAACAACUCAAGUGAAUUAAAUAGUUCUACAAAAAGUAUUAGUAUUCAACCAAUCAAAACAUUUGAUAUACCCAAAACUCCUAAUUCAAAAAUAAAAUAUGAAUACAAUCUAAGUAAGCCAUGUUCACAAGAACAUUAUGAUGAUUCAUUGACAGAAACAUCUUCAAUAAAAUUAUUCAGAGAAACAUAUUUAAAUAAACCACCAAUUUUACCAAUUCCUUCUACUCCAGGAAAUUCAAGGUCUGUUAAUACUAUUAUUGUAGCACCAGAACAGAAUUAUCUUAAAACUUCAAACAAUACCCGUAAAAUUAUUAAUAAGACAAAGAAAGAUAAAGUUGAAUGUACACCCUUAAAAUCAAAGGAAAAACUUUUGAGUAAAUCUAAAGUAAAAAAUACAUUAAAUAAAAAAAGCGUUGGAACAAAAAAAAAACAAGUGUAUGAGUCUGUUAAAGUUGAGCUAUUUGGAAGUGAAAUUUCAUCAAGUUCAAGUUCACAUGAAUUAUUAAACACUAAUGAACAGCAUAAUACAAUAGUUAUUAAGGAAAUGCCUCAAGAUGAAGAGAAAAAUUCUGGUUUCAAACACAUACCCAAAAGCAAAUCAAUUAAAUCUAUGUCUGUUGUAAAUGUUAAUGGUGUUGAAAAUAAUAUAUCAAAUGAGUUGCAUGCACCUCACAUGCAACCUAUCAAGACGCCAUCCAUUAAACCAACAUUAGUAGAACCCAAGAAAAAUAAUGAAAAAACAUCAGAAACAAUAAAGAAGAAAAGUGCAAAAAAGUUCAUGGUUCAUUUUGAUGACCCAGUAGAAAAAUUCUUUAGUUUGUCUAAGAGUCCAACACCAUGUAAAUCCAACAAUAAAAACGCUGGUCAAAUACAAAAAGAUACCACAAAUAAUGACAACUCGGAACAGUUGGUCGGGUUAAGUAGAUAUUUGAACAAAAGAUCGUCAACAAUUUAUGACUAUAGCACAAAAGGAAAAACAAUCAAAACAAUUGAACCUGGUGUUAAGACCACUAAAAUAAAUAAUGGUGAUUCCAAAAUUAAUUCUUCAAAAAUGUAUAAUGUAGAUGGAUCCAGUAAGAAUAUAGCAACUAGUGAUUUUAGUAAUAAAAGAAAAUCUCUGGAUAUGAGCAAUCAAAGAAUUAAAUUGUCUAAGAAUUGUAUAAUGGACAUAAAUAAAGGGUCUUAUGGGAUGGAUAACAAUACAGCUCAUAAUAAAUCCAUUGCACCAUUGGGGUCUGUACAAACAUGUACAGACCAAAUCAGGUCUAUGGACAACAACAAAUCUAUACCAAAUUGUAAUUCUAAUAAAAAAAUUAACAUCAGUCUUGACAGAUCUGAAUUGCCCGUCAAUAAUUACAAGAGCAGUGUUAGUAAUAUUUCCUGUGUUACUGUUAGACAUGAUGAUACAUUUGAUGUUCUGAUAAACAAAAGCUGUGAUACACCAGACAAUAUAGAAUAUUUAAAACGGUCAAGAGUGUUUGAUAUCAUUUCUGAAGAUGGUGAACGUGAGGAGGUGCAUUUAAAUUUAUCAGAAACAUUUACUUUUCUUGAUAUACUCUCUGAAUCGAACAAUGUACAACUAUCCGAUCCAAUUACCUCACAGUUGAUUACAACAAACAAAAUGUUAGACGUCAUUCCAGAAAUGGAAAGUAGUAAGUUGAGGAAUGAUGAAGAAAUAAUCAUACCAGUGACUAGUACUCCUAAAAACUGUGUUGAGAUAAAAAAUGACAAAGAUAAUAGAGCCAGAAGAAGCCCGUCUUUUUGGGAAGACUCAGUUCAUAAUUACCCAAUAAGACACAGAAACGACAGACAUAGGGAAACAAACCGUUGGCAAAAUAAAGCCCAUCAUAAUUAUGAUAGAAAAUAUAGGCCAAACAAAUUUCGAUACCACAAUGAACGAUUGCAAUUUGAUAGUCGGAACCAUUUUCAAAGAAGUCAUCAUCAAAAUAUGAAAAGAGAGUUUUGGGAAGAUUCAGUAAGGGAUAAAGAUAAAUUUAAGCACAAAGAUGAAAAAAGACGCAGUUACCGUGAUUAUAGUAAAGGAAACAAUUGGCUUGAAGAAAAUGAACGAUUUUCAAUGCCGCAAAGAAUGUCACUAAAUGAUUUACAAAAAUCACAUAGAUCAGAAGAUAUUGUUAAGAAAGCUACUAAAAAGCUCUCAGAUCGAGAAAUAAAUAAUAAGACUCCUGUUAAGGUUUCCAAAGUUGAACAUCAACGAUUGCUGACAAAUGUUGACGUUGAUGAUUUUUUGUCUGUUGUACACGGUAAAAAAUAA